UUCUCUAGCCCCAGUGCACACGCAUCAGGUCAUACAAAUAGAUCCGCAGCGUCUAUCACCGGGCAGCAGGACGGGGGAGCUCUGCCCCGCGCGGACACUCGUUCAGCUGACCGGCCGGUCUGUAUUUCCAAGCGCUGAUAGGACGGGAGCCAUCACGUGGUCUCAGAACCAGGAAGUGAAUGUGACAGAGCUGGAGCUGGAACUGCGUGUGUAGUGAUCGCAGAGGGGUCUGUAGUAGGAACAGCAGCGUGUGAAGGACAACAUGGACACCGGCAUUAAUAGCGUUGACAUGACGGAAAAUGUGGAUGACACAGAUGUGGUAGUUCCAGAACUGCAUAAGCUUCUAGAACAAGACUCUUAUCUCAAGCCGUACAAGAAAGAUUUCCAAAGAAGGUAUGCAUUGUUUGAAGAGCUUUUAAAGAAAAUUGAAAAUUGUGAGGGUGGCCUGGAAAAAUUCUCUAGAAGCUACCAGUCCUUUGGUAUUCAUACCCAGCCAGAUGGUGGGAUUUAUUGCAAAGAAUGGGCCCCAGGUGCAGAAGCAGUUUUCCUCGCUGGGGAUUUCAAUGAUUGGAAUCCCUUUUCACAUCCAUAUAAGAAGUUGGAUUUUGGAAAAUGGGAAUUAUACAUUCCGCCAAAGGAAGAUAAAUCCUCUGUCAUACAUCAUGGUUCCAAAUUAAAGGUAGUAAUCAAAACCAGGUCCGGAGAAGUGAUCUACCGUAUUUCACCAUGGGCAAAGUAUGUUUGUCAAGAAGAGAAAAAAGUGGUCUAUGACUGGGUUCACUGGCAACCAGCUGAAUCUUAUACACGUAAAUAUGAGCGCCCAAGGAAGCCAAGCAGUGUCCGCAUUUAUGAAUCUCAUGUUGGAAUUGCAUCACCGGAAGGAAAAAUAGCAUCCUAUAAAAAUUUCACAUACAAUGUGCUGCCAAAGAUAAAAGAUCUUGGUUAUAACUGCAUUCAGAUGAUGGCUGUAAUGGAACAUGCCUACUAUGCAAGUUUUGGCUACCAGAUCACAAGUUUCUUUGCCGCAUCAAGUCGGUAUGGAACCCCAGAUGAUUUAAAGGAACUUAUUGAUGUUGCCCAUUCUAUGGGAAUCACAGUCUUGCUUGAUGUUGUACAUAGUCAUGCAUCAAAAAACAGUGAAGAUGGACUCAAUCAGUUUGAUGGUACAGAUGCAUGCUUCUUCCAUGAUGGACCUAGAGGAACCCAUGAUCUCUGGGAUAGCAGAUUAUUUGACUAUUCUAACUGGGAGGUUUUAAGAUUCUUGCUCUCCAAUUUGCGAUGGUGGAUUGAAGAAUAUGGUUUUGAUGGUUUUCGUUUUGAUGGUGUUACAUCUAUGCUUUACCACCACCACGGAAUAGGGUGUGGAUUCACAGGUGAUUACAAUGAAUAUUUUGGCUUACAAGUGGAUGAAGACUCCCUUGUCUACCUCAUGGUAGCAAAUUAUAUGAUCCAUUCUAUCUACCCAGACUGCAUAACAAUAGCUGAGGAUGUUUCUGGGAUGCCAGCCCUCUGUUGCCCUGUAACACAAGGAGGGGGAGGAUUUGAUUAUAGACUUGCCAUGGCUGUGCCUGAUAAGUGGAUCAAAAUCCUGAAAGAGUUCAAGGACGAGGAUUGGAACAUAGGGGACAUUGUCCAUACACUGACAAACCGGCGAUAUAAUGAAAAGUGCAUUGCGUAUGCUGAAAGCCAUGACCAGGCAUUAGUUGGAGACAAGACAUUGGCUUUCUGGUUAAUGGAUGCUGAGAUGUACACAAACAUGAGUGUGAUAAGUCCAUUAACCUCUGUUAUUGACCGUGGAAUUCAACUUCAUAAAAUGAUCCGACUGAUAACACAUGCUCUUGGUGGGGAAGGAUACCUCAAUUUUAUUGGUAAUGAAUUUGGCCAUCCAGAAUGGUUGGAUUUCCCUAGAAAAGGGAACAACGAAAGUUUCCAUUAUGCCAGGAGACAGUUUCAUCUGGCUGAUGAUCAGAUUUUGCGCUACCGAUUUCUCUAUGCUUUUGACCGAGACAUGAAUAGAUUAGAGGAAAAAUUUGGCUGGCUGUCAUCUCCUCCGGCCUAUGUCAGUACUAAGCAUGAAGGUGACAAGAUUAUUGUAUUUGAGCGGGCAAAUCUUCUUUUCAUCUUUAAUUUCCACCCUUACAAGAGCUUCACUGGAUACAGAAUAGCAGUAAAUACACCUGGAAAGUAUAUGAUUGCACUGGAUACAGAUUCUGAACAGUAUGGAGGACAUCUAAGAAUUAAUCACAGGACAGAAUUCUUUACUGAAAAUGUUUCUUACAAUAACCGAUAUCAUUCCCUCUUGAUUUACAUUCCAUGCAGAGUGGCGCUUGUUCUUCAUAAAGUUGACAACCAUUAAGACCUGAAGAUGCAUCUUUAUCUCUAUGUGAGCUCAGGUUGUCUUGAAGUAGAACAAUUUACACAAUGCAUAGUGUUCUAGAAUGUGCUCAAGGUUAUUCACAAUAGUCUAAUGGAUUAAUAACUUGAACACAGCAUUCUCUCACCUCUUGUACACAUAGAUGAAACCAAACUGUAGCAAAUACUUGGCACACAGUACUGUCUGCCAUUUGUAAUCUACAUUAUUAUGAAGUGCUCUAGGCUCUGUUCUCAUCACAUUUUUCUGUUUGUUUAGCAUGUAUUCUAGGAAACAUCCCAGCAUUAAUAUGAACCAUGCCCAUAGCCUUACUUCGCCAGAUGAAGGCCAAAAAAGGCCUUUGUUUGGUCAUAUUACAUGAGUAUACUGCAAAAAAUAAAUAAAAGGCAAAAAAAACACAAAGUAUGACAGAGAAAAAGAAACAAGCUUCUAAAACAUUCAACACAUGCUAUUAUAGUCUAAGAGUGACAGAUGCCACUGUUCGAAAUCUGUCAGAGCCUCCUUUUAAGUACAACCUGUGGACAACCUCAACAAAUUUAGGUCUUAUUGUUAUUAAAGAGCUCACCAUGCCCUGAUCUUAUACUUUUUCAUAGUUUCUUGAUAGGCCCUUCCUUUCCUGAGAUAUAAGGGUUUAUAGUUUACAAAAGUCCUGGAAAUCAGUCAGAUGGGCGUGAAUUUUAUUUUAAUAGGAGUGAUGGGUGGGACUAUAUAGUCAUGGAGGUGUGAAUGUUGUACAUUGAGGGGUGUGUAUGCCUAACACAUAUCCCCUAACUGUAUAAUCCCAUCCAUCACCUGUCACUCCUAUUACUAACAAGUUACUAAGUUUACACCCAUCUGACGGAUUCCCUGAAUUGUCAGACCAACUGUAAUCCCACAUGUCAGGAAUAGAAGGGUGUGUCAAAAAACUGUAAAGUUGUUUCACCAAGACGCCAUGAUCUAUGUCAUGAUAAUGCAGUCUCAUAUUUUUGGGGUUUGCCACAGGUCCUGUUUAACGUGUAUAUCAGGCUCUUUUUAAAGUGUAUGCUAAACUUAAAGGGGUUUGACAACAAAAUGUAUUCAUCUCCUGUUGACAAGAUAGAGACAUGUAUCUGAUUGGUGGGAGUCUGUUUACUGGGACCUCUAACAAUCAUGAGAUUCAGGUUCUCGUCCAUCCCCUGGUUAAAUUGUGUGGCAGUAGGACAUAAGCCACACGAGGAUACCAGAACUCUGUACUUGGCUAUCUUCUUCCUGCUCAUGUUGUUGAAUGAAGCAACUGAGUUCAAGUACAGCUGCCACUCCAUUUAACCAUGGGGGGGGCAGGAUACAGGCUCCCACCGAUCAAACACUAGGGGUGAAUGUAUUUCUUGAAAAAACAUAUUUAAACAAAAAAUAUGAUGUGAACUGGAUCUUGACUGUACAUUAUAGUUUUUCUUUUUUAUAACCUACCUAGACCUGUCUUUCUUCAUACCAAUAAGUUGUUCUGGGUAGAUAUACUGUAUCUGUAUUGGUUACAUUUCUAUUGAAUUACACUACAAUCUGAAAUGUAUUUAUUGUUACCCAUGGUACUUAGAUGUUAUGUUGCAUUAGACCACACUAGCUGACUUCUGUAUGUAGUGAAGGCUGCAUUUCUGUUCCCAUUUUUGGUUACCUAAGAUUUUAGCCCUUUGCUUCUUCCAGUCAGUAUUAGUCAUAGAACACACUAAGGAAGAGUUAUCAAAACUGGUGCAAACAAAAAGUGGAGCUAGUCUGUUGACUCUGAGUUUUAUUGGUUGCUGUGGGCAGCUGUUCCACAUUUUCUUUGCAUCUGUUUUGGUAAUUCUCCUCUACUUCAUAACAUAAUAAAGGAACAAUAUAUUCCCUAGUGUGGUUCUUCUGGAAAUCUGGAAAUCAAGUCAUUUUAUACAUCUAAGUCAAUGUGUGCACCUUUAUACAGUAAGUAGGUUUUUCACAUCUCAGCCAGUCAGCCCAGUUAAGCAAGAUCUGCCUUCAUUUUACCUAGUAGAAAUAUCUAGACCGGUGUCACAUAAGGCGGUAGUACCAAUUUACCAUAUAGCAUCCCUCAUUUCAUCCUCAUAAAAGAAUACUCCAGGAUGUAAAAUUUGUGUUUCAGACUGCUGGCAGUAAAACAAAGGGAUACAUACCUGCUGCCGCUUUCCUGGUGCCUCCAUUAACCCAUUUCUGCCUCUGCCGCAAUCCUCUUCCUGGUUGCCAGUGGUCAGUGAGUCAUACUGCACUCAGCCAAUCCGCGGCUGCAGCGAAGUCCAGUGCCAGGACCGAAAAGUCACACUGCCGCUCAGCCUAUCGCCAGCCGAGGCGAUACUUCACUGCAGCCGGUGAUUGGCUGAGUGCAGUAUGACUCAUUGACCACCAGCAACCAGGAAGAGGAUCACGGCGGAGGCCGAAACGGGUUACCGGGGGAGCUGUGGUAGGUAUGUAUACCUUAAUUUUUUUUACUUCCGGCAGUCUGAGACUCAAUUUUUACAUCCCAGAGUACUUUAAAUUGUGAGGGUUGUUUCCAGGACAAAUUUCCACUGAAUCAGGUUUAACCUUGUGCACUAAAUCCUAACUGUUAUAUUAAUCCUAUUAAAUAGUAUUAUAUUUGUGUUGUGAAAAAUGCUGCCGAUCUCCUCUUGCGUAUUCUGCCAAUAUGCAUUUCAUUUCAGAGGUUUACUUCAGUGUGUGUACUUUAGGUCUCCAGUGCGGUAGAUGUUAAUAGCAUCUACUUUAGCACCUGUCUAAUUAAGACACGACAAAUGCACUUAAAAUGUUAUUGAAGUUGUUGGCCAUCUGAAGUUAUAAUCUUACUACUAAAGAGGGGUUUUCUAUUGUUGAAAGGAGUAGUCUCAUAAAAAAAAAAAAAACUAUCCCCUAUUGGCAGGAUAGGGGACAAGUUUUAGUUUGCAAGGGGGUCCGAGCACUGGGGCCCCCCACGAUAUCCUGGAGUGGAUCGUCACAACCCCCACCUGAAGUGGGGGCCGCCACACUCCCUCCAUAAAUCUCUAUGGGAGAGUCGGCCAUGCCGAUCUAAAACGUAUUCACUAUCCUGCCGAAGUUUAUUUGCAUGAGAUCACUCAUUUAAGAAAAUGAGUCUUACAGUAAAAAAUUUAUUUAAAAAAAACACCUUUGUUACCGCUGCACAUUUGAGUUCAUUUAUCAGUGUACUUACUGCAGUUUUCUGGUGUAAAAACAUGGAUGACUUUGGUACAAGUUGUGCUUGGGAAGACUGGCACACCACUCAUGAUGCAUCAAUAAUAAAAAAAAAUCUCCAAUAACAUCCAACAACUUUAGGGUAGGGUCACAUGUGCCAUAUUUUGCUGUGUAUUUGCUGCUGCAUGUUUUCCUACCCAUUAAAGUCACUGGGUAGCAAAAUCAGCUGCAAAAAAUAAGCCGCAAAAUAGGGCAUUUUUUGUAGUGGGACUAGUGGGAUUGGGCAACUUCUGCAAAAACGGUAUUUCGGCUAGAAACGCAGUAAAGCCAGCUUCUGAAGAAUGGUACUGCACCUGGCCCUAGGUUUAUUUAUUACAUUUUGUUUUAAAGUCAUAUAACUGGAAUGUUUACUAAUGCCUUUUUUGGUGUGUGUGUCUGUGUGUGUGUGUAUGUUUUAAUGAUUUCCUUUUAAGUUCUUAAUUUUAUUCAAUAAAAACUUUGUUUGGUUUAUUUUAUAGUUUUCUUUAGAUUAAAUCUUAACAUAUAUAUACUUAAAUUUUUGUUAUGAUGUACUGCAAAACAGUGCUAAAACAUAGUCCAAUGUGUUUAACGAGUUACUCCGCCACUAGACAUCCAAAGGAUAGGGGAUAACAUGUCUAGGAGCGGAGUACCCCUCUAAUGACGGUGGUCCAGUUUAAACUAUCAGUUAUGUAGCAUGUAUUGAGUGUCCUAAAAUAUAUAUAUAUAUAUAUAUAUAUAUAUAUAUAUAUAUAUAUAUAUAUAUAUAUUAUUGAUAUAUACGGGCCUUAUGUAUCAAUACUGCCUUGUUGGCUAUGGAUGCCAGUCAGAGAGAACAUAUGGAAAAAUGAGACCAGGAUCAUGGUUGCUGUGGGCCAUCUUUUUCCUAAAAGGACCAGUAUAAAAUGACACAUUGAAAAGCUAAAUAAAAUGUUUUCUGGUUUAUUACAUACAUCACCAUACUGAUGGUAAAAUAUAGAAACCUCUAUUUUGUGACAUAAUCACCAACUUUUUCCGGCCAUAAAUAUACACAAUAUACAGAUGAAUACUUUGUUUUCUCAUUUAAUAAAUGAGGGGAUUUGUUGUAAUACUCCUGCCUGUAGCACAAUAAACCCCUAGGGCCUGUUCACACUUCGAGAAUUCAGCUUACAGUUGCCUCCUCCAGACAGUAGGUGCCCUCCCAUUCACUACAGCUCAGUUGUAAAAUCUUCCGUCAGAAUCCAAUUUCACGUCGAGAGUUCCGCUACAGAACUUUUAUAGAACUGAGCAGUAGAAUCUCAUUGAGAUCAAGGGGAUUCUUUGCAAAAGAGGAAAACUGGAAAAGGAAUAAGAAAACUCUUCCAAAAGUGUCAAUUAUCUGUUUUUAGAAGUUUUGCCCCUCUUAACAGACCACUUUGUCAGUACCCCUUCUCCUUUAGCUAUAUAUACACCUAAGGAAUAUAUACCUAAGAUGUCUACAGAUGGUUGUCUCUUCCUUAAGGAGUAGACUGUGACUAGGUUUCUUCUUUUUUGUGAAGAGAGCUAAUUUUAAUUCUUAUUGUCAGAAAAUAAAUGUCUACAUACUACUGUGUCUUUUCAAUGCAAAUCAUAACCUCUCAGUACCUUAACCUAUGCUUUUAAUACAUAUGCUGUUCAAAUCUUUCUUCCCCAACUACAGGCCUUACUUGGAUCCUCUCAGUCCUGUUGUUUGUUAUGAUGUAAUGAUGUGUAGUUUGUAAUAAUAUCAUGUUACAUGGCUGUAAUAGGCCAUCAUUACUGUAAGACAAUGUUUUGCUCCAUUAAAUGAUUUCCACAAACCUUUCACAAGUAGUUAUUAUGGAUUACACCUCAUCACACCAAAUAGCUUUUCCACCAUGACUAGCUGAGUCUCUGUAUACCCAUUGUGGCUCCAUAUUAUGCAGCAAACGUGUGUGAUUGUGUAAUUUAAUAUAGUUCAGGUUCUAAGAUAGCAGAGAUAUAUAUUUUUCUUGUCUGACUCAAAACAUUGGGAGAAUUCCUCAUUUCCUAUGCCAGUAAGUGGCAAAACUGCCCACAUUUUUUUUUAUUUUUUUUUGUGCAAAGUGGAAAUUUGCUCGAAAUUUUUUGUGCAAAGACGGGGCUUGCACAAAAUAUAUUGCACAAAUUUGUCAUGAUGGACCGGUGCAUGAAAUAAUAAAUUCCCCCCAAAAUGUUUGCCUUUGAAAUGUACAUUUAUUUUUACUGUACAACAUAGUUGUUUGGUUUUCACUGGACGUUACAAGUUUUGUAAGUUUAAAUGUUAUUUUUAGUACUUAAUAAGGUAAUUGUGAUCACUUUAUAUAGUCAGAAAAAAAGUGAAAUCAAUGGAACAUUAAGUAACAAUGUAUUAUUUUUCAAUGGGUGUCCACAGUAUAUGAUAUCAUGUUUAUCCAGUGCAAUAAAACAUGAGAAAUCUUAGAGAAUUUUCACCUGAAAUAAAAAACUUAAAAUAUCAA